CUCUUUAGUUAGGAGAUAAAUAUAUGACAACUUCCUGUUAAUUUUUUCUCACGUUGUUUUCGUUUUGCAUUUAACUCAAGUGAUUAACCAACAAAUUAACCCAAGAUGUCGAUGAGAAAUCUAAACAAAGCGAGAGCUCGCUCUCACAAAGAAAGGAGCCAGCCUCAAUAUAGGGAACAUCUAGGAACCCUUGAAAAGAAAAAAGAUUACAAGUUGAGAGCAGAAAACUAUCAGAGAAAACAGAAUACUUUGAAGUCAUUGAAAAGAAAAGCCCUUGAUAAAAAUCCAGAUGAAUUUUAUUUUAAAAUGGUCAACACUCAGAAAGUGGAUGGAGUCCAUGAAAAGAAAGAAAGCAGCGAACCAGUGCAUACAGAUGCUGAAAUCAAACUUAUGUAUUCACAAGAUCAAAGAUAUGUCACUAUGAAAAGAACAUCAGAAUUGAAGAAAAUAGAGAAAUUAAAGAGCUCCUUGCACCUACUCGACAGUGAUGAGAAACCAAAAAAUAAACAUAUCAUUUUCGUUGAUUCUAAAAAAGAAGCGAAAGAAUUUGAUGCUGCAAAGUAUUUCAAUACACAUCCCUCGUUAGUGAACAGAACAUACAACAGACCAACAACUGAGAUGUUAAAGAAAGGUUUCCAUAAUGACAGUAUGGAUGAAGCAACUUUACAGGAAAUUGCUGAUGAAAAGAAAAAGAAAUAUAAACAAUUGAAAAAGAGGAUAGAGAGAGAAAAGGAACUCCACAUCAUAUCACAAAAAAUGGAUGUAAAGAAACAUUUAUUAGAUAAAAAAGCAAAGAAGUUAAAAAUGAAAGAUGAGACAAGGGAAGCUCCCGCACAGUACAGAUGGGUAUUCAAAAGACAAAGAUGAGGAAAAAUAUAUAGCUUGAUGGAUGAACUAUUUAUCAGAGUAUACAAUAAAAGUAUCCAUUCUAAGAAGUUACGCUGAAGAUAAGAUUGGGAAAUGGUAGUGCAUUUAAAUUAAUGUAAAGCAUUGUAAUGUAAAUUGAGUACAUUUUGUUUUAUUAUAUAUAAAACAUUAAGAUUUGAAUUGCAUCAGAAAAAAAUGACAUCUGGUUGUAUACAUUUGUGCAAUAAAAUUAUCAAAACU